AUGCCCGCCGAAGUGAUCGACCUUCUUUCCAGCAGCCCCUCUGCUGGGUUUCCUGAGAACGCAAGACCCCCACUAUCUUGUCCUGCGCCACCGGCUGUUGCAGUCGUCGCAACGGCGCUGGCAUACGGCGACGAAGAUGUGUUUGACUUGACAGCCGAAUCGCCAGAGAUGGUCCCGAAAUCUUUACCACUGCCAUCCGUACUGCCAAAAGCGACAUCCCCAUCGUCAACACACUCAGCGACAAAACGUACACGAGAGGAAGCUGCUCCUGUGAACACGCCCAUCUACUUCAACUCAGACGACUUUGAUACAACUAUCGACCUCGACAGCAGCCUACCACUUGGAAAUGGGCUGCACAACGAACCGCGAGAACGCAAAAGACCACGACUCUCUUCUCCCCGACGCAGUCGCAGAUCCUCCUUCGAUCGUUCCCAUUCCGCCACUGAUCAGGUUUACCGGCCCCCGCAGAAGCAAGCUGGCAGUUUGCGACAAGUCCAUUCGGUUGUGGACCCAAUCGUCUCUAGCCCCCCAAGUGUCUCCUCCCGACCAACAACAACUGCUCCAGCUACUUCAGCGGGCGUGGACAGGCUUGACUCCGACGACCCUUUCGCUGCACUACCACCUUCAGCCCAGCCCGCGACGAUAUCCGAAUCCCCACUUCCGAAGGCCACAGCUACCGGGACCGGCUGUAUAAACUACAACUUAAGCUCUGAUGAUCCUUUUGCGACUUCACCCCCCGUGGCACGGAAAGCGGUGCCACAGCCGAGUACAAUACUCUUAGACGACGAUGAUGACGAUCCAUUUGCCAGCUCACCGAAACGAGCGCCAACGGAGACUAUGAAGCCUCCAGCCACUAGAACUUCAGCUAGGCCCACAGUCAAGAGGAAAGAGAAGGCCGCUUCACCGUCUAGACGCAAGGCUCAUUGGGACCCCAUCUCGAGCUCUGCGCCCGAAUUGAAAGCUAGAAGCGAUCCGUUCGAGAGCUCCCCUCCCCCGCCGCGAAGGACCAUGACCAAAGCCGCCAGUGCUGUGAUCAACCUCAGCGACUCUGAACCGGAGCCUGUAGCCCGCAAUUUCGAUGCCGACUCGGACGGAGAGUUUCCAGACCUUGAUAACUUCGACGUUUCGAAACUCAAAGCACGAUUGGAUACCAAGAAGCCUGCUUCCCGAGCUACGUCAACGGCUACAUCGAAAUUCACCUCCAAAUUGAAUACCAGCCGCGCAACGACUGCAAAAACCGCGGAAGACAAGACGAGAGAAAAGGAGGCAAAAGCGGCGGAACGCGAACGCGAAAAGGAACGCAAGAAGCAAGAGAAAGAGAUGGCCAAGGAGCAAAAGGCAAAGGAAAAGGAACGAGCGGCUGCGUUGGCAGAGGUCAACAAGAUCAGGACCGACAAGAAGGUCUCGACGCCGGAAAUGAUUGCAGACUUACCGGCCAGCCUGCCCGCCGCCAUGACGCUUCAAAUACAGACGUUGUUGAAGGACCUAGACGUACAACACUCUUCCUGGGAGAGCCCUGUGGACAACGUGGUCAAGUGGAGGAGAAAAGUCGCAAGUCGGUUCAACGAGGAGCUCGGGCACUGGGAGCCAAUUCCGAUGCGCAUUCAACCAGACAAGUUCGCGCUGGUCAUCGUCACCGCGUCAGAGUUUGUCACGUAUGCUCUAGGACCCGAGGGCAACGACCUCGAGGCCCACGUCUCCAAAAUGAAGCGCCAUUUCCCACAAGAGCAGCUCAUCUAUCUGAUCGAAGGCCUCAACCCUUGGAUGAGGAAGAACCGCAACGUCCGGAAUCGACAAUUCGCAUCCGCCGUGCGCGGUGAGGAUGCCGCGACAGGAGAUGCGCAGGCUUCGUCGAGCGUCGCUCCUCCUAAUCCGCGGCGGCGCAAGAACCAGCAACCGCAGGAAUACAUUGACGAAGACUCGAUCGAAGACGCCCUGCUCCAGCUGCAGGUCAUGUACGACGUGCUGAUCCACCACACUGCCGCGGCCGUCGAGACGGCGCAGUGGGUCGCCGUCUUUACGCAACAUAUUUCAACGGUGCCGUACCGGAAGCAGCGCGAGGCGACCAACGCCGCGGGCGCCGGCUUCUGCAUGGAGACUGGGCAGGUCCGCACGGGCGAGGAUGUCAAGGAUACCUACGUGAGGAUGCUGCAGGAGAUUGUGCGCGUCACGCAGCCUGUGGCGUACGGCAUCGUGUCCGAGUUUGGGACUGUUGGGGAGCUGGUGAAGGCGUUUGAGGAGCGAGGGCCGCUUUGUCUGGAGAACUGCCGUAAGAGUACGAACAAGGAUGGUGGAUUUUCUGACAGAGCGGUUGGGAAGGCUGUUAGCAAGAGGAUUUACAAGAUUUUUACGGAGACGGAUGAAUGGAGUAUGGAUGUAUAG